CUGCGGCAGGACAGUCCGCCCCAGCUGCGUGUCGGGAGACCCGGGGUCCCCUGCCCCAGACGGUCUGACUUAGCUGCCAGGUGAUUCCAAAGCUCCGAGAUUGGCCGCCGCCGUUCUGAUCAGGAUGACGUGUUUCCAGGUUCUACAGCCACGCCACCAGUGCCCGGCCCAGAGUUCCCAGGUUCUGCUUAGCCUGUGGCUUGCUACGCAGCCUCAGCCGAGCCUCAGAGAGAGCUCUGAAUAAACAGGGCGGCGUCUCCGUGCCUGGCUCUAUUUCUCCUGCAAAGGCAGGCACUGGAGAUUUAGAAUUAAGGUGACAGUGCCAGGUGGAUCAGCAGCCAUUCCACUGCCCCCUCCGUGGGGCUGUGCCAAGAGUAGGAGAGCAUGGAGGAGAGGAAGCAGGAGACAACAAACCAAGCUCACGUCCUCUUUGACCGGUUUGUCCAGGCCACCACCUGCAAGGGGACCCUCAGAGCCUUCCAAGAGCUCUGCGACCACCUGGAGCUGAAGCCCAAGGACUACCGCUCCUUCUACCACAAGCUCAAGUCCAAGCUCAACUACUGGAAGGCCAAAGCCCUCUGGGCCAAACUGGACAAGCGGGGCAGUCACAAAGACUACAAAAAGGGAAAGGCAUGCACCAACACAAAGUGUCUCAUCAUCGGAGCUGGCCCCUGCGGUCUCCGCACAGCCAUCGACUUGUCCUUACUGGGAGCCAAGGUGGUGGUCAUUGAGAAGCGAGAUGCCUUCUCCCGCAACAACGUCUUGCAUCUCUGGCCCUUCACCAUACAUGAUCUCCGAGGUCUGGGUGCCAAGAAAUUCUACGGCAAGUUCUGUGCUGGAGCCAUCGACCAUAUCAGUAUCCGUCAGCUCCAACUAAUUCUUUUGAAAGUAGCCUUGAUUUUAGGCAUUGAGAUCCAUGUCAACGUGGAAUUCCAAGGACUUGUCCAGCCUCCCGAGGACCAAGAGAAUGAACGGAUAGGAUGGCGAGCAUUGGUGCACCCCAAAACUCAUCCCGUAUCAGAAUAUGAAUUUGAAGUGAUCAUUGGUGGGGAUGGGCGGAGGAACACCCUUGAAGGAUUUCGCCGGAAAGAAUUUCGUGGCAAGCUAGCCAUCGCCAUCACAGCAAAUUUCAUCAACCGUAACACAACAGCAGAGGCCAAAGUGGAGGAGAUCAGUGGUGUGGCUUUUAUAUUCAACCAGAAAUUUUUCCAGGAGCUGAGAGAAGCCACAGGCAUUGACUUGGAGAACAUCGUCUACUACAAAGACGACACGCACUACUUUGUCAUGACGGCCAAAAAGCAGAGUCUACUGGACAAAGGAGUGAUUCUGCAUGACUAUACAGACACGGAGCUGCUGCUUUCCCGGGAGAACGUGGACCAGGAGGCCCUGCUGAACUAUGCCCGGGAGGCAGCAGACUUCUCUACCCAGCAGCAGCUGCCUUCUCUGGAUUUUGCCAUCAAUCACUACGGGCAGCCUGACGUGGCCAUGUUUGACUUUACCUGUAUGUACGCCUCUGAAAAUGCUGCCUUGGUACGGGAACAGAAUGGACACCAGUUACUAGUAGCUCUGGUUGGGGACAGCCUCUUGGAGCCUUUCUGGCCAAUGGGAACAGGAAUAGCCCGGGGCUUUCUGGCUGCUAUGGACUCUGCCUGGAUGGUACGAAGCUGGUCUCUGGGUACCAGCCCCUUGGAAGUCCUGGCAGAGAGGGAAAGCAUUUACAGGUUGCUGCCUCAGACCACCCCCGAGAACGUGAGCAAGAACUUCAGCCAGUACAGCAUCGACCCUGUCACUAGGUAUCCCAAUAUUAACGUCAACUUCCUCAGGCCAAGCCAGGUGCGCCAUUUAUACGAUAGUGGAGAAACGAAAGAUAUUCAUCUGGAAAUGGAGAACCUGGUGAACUCCCGAACCACUCCCAAGCUGACUCGCAAUGAGUCUGUAGCUCGUUCAAGCAAACUGCUGGGGUGGUGCCAAAGGCAGACAGAUGGCUAUGCAGGAGUGAAUGUGACAGAUCUCACCAUGUCGUGGAAAAGUGGCCUGGCCCUGUGUGCCAUCAUCCACAGAUACCGCCCUGACCUAAUAGACUUCGACUCCUUGGACGAGCAGAACGUGGAGAAGAACAACCAGCUGGCCUUCGACAUCGCCGAGAAGGAACUGGGCAUCUCCCCCAUCAUGACCGGCAAGGAGAUGGCUUCCGUGGGGGAGCCGGACAAGCUGUCCAUGGUGAUGUACCUCACGCAGUUCUAUGAGAUGUUCAAGGACUCGCUCUCCUCCAGCGACACCUUAGACCUGAACGCAGAGGAGAAAGCCGUCCUGAUAGCCAGCACCAAGUCCCCCAUCUCCUUCCUGAGCAAGCUUGGGCAGACCAUCUCCCGGAAGCGUUCUCCCAAGGAUAAAAAGGAAAAGGAUUCGGAUGGGGCUGGAAAGAGGAGAAAAACCAGUCAGUCAGAGGAGGAGGAGCCUCCCCGGAGCUACCGAGGAGAAAGGCCCACCCUGGUGAGCACCCUGACAGACAGGAGGAUGGACGCGGCCAUUGGGAACCAGAACAAAGUAAAGUACAUGGCAACCCAGCUGCUGGCAAAGUUCGAAGAAAACGCGCCUGCUCAGUCCGCUGGCGUGAGGAGACAGCCGACACAAGAGCGUGGGGUCGGCCAGCCGUCCUGCUGCCUGCCAGAGCAGGGUCGCCCUGCUCCCAUCCCCCAGUGGAAACAGGGCUCCAUAAAGAAGGAGUUCCCACAGAACCUGGGGGGCAGCGACACGUGCUAUUUCUGCCAAAAGCGGGUCUACGUGAUGGAGAGGCUGAGCGCCGAGGGCAAGUUCUUUCACCGCAGUUGCUUCAAGUGCGAGUACUGCGCCACCACGCUGCGCCUCUCGGCCUAUGCCUACGACCUAGAGGAUGGCAAGUUCUACUGUAAGCCGCACUACUGCUACCGACUGUCUGGCUACGCGCAAAGGAAGAGGCCGGCGGUGGCUCCUCUGUCUGGAAAGGAAGCCAAAGGACCCCUGCAGGAUGGCCCCGCUGCAGAUGCUAACGGACUGGCCAGCGUCGCCAGCAGCUCAGCUGAGAGAACUCCAGGUUCCAGCAUGAACGGCCUGGAGGAGCCCAGCAUCGCCAAGAGGCUGAGGGGCACCCCUGAGAGGAUCGAGCUGGAGAACUACCGCCGAUCCGUGAGGCAGGUAGAAGAGCUGGAAGAGGUGCCUGAGGAGACGCAGGCCGAGCACAACCUGAGCAGCGUGUUGGACAAGGGCACCGAAGAGGAUGUAGCCAGCAGCAGUUCUGAGUCCGAGAUGGAGGAAGAGGAGGAGGAGGAGGAGGAGGAAGAGGAUCAGCUCCCCACCUCCGACCUGGGCGGGGUUCCCUGGAAGGAGGCAGUAAGGAUCCAUGCCCUGCUGAAGGGGAGGAGUAAAGAGGAGCUGGAGGCCUCCAAGAACUUCGAGCCUGAGGAGGAGGAGGAAGAAGAGGAGGAAUACGAAGAGGAAGAAGAGGAGGAAGAAUAUGAUGAAGAGGAAGAGGAGGAGUCCAGCGAAGAAGGGGAGUAUUGCCCCUGGGACAGAGAACAACUGCAAGGCCAGUGGCUCCGGCAUCUCUCAAAGGAAGAAGAAAUGGGUACAUGUGAAGCUGGGAGCAACAGGCUGCAGCAGCUCAUAACGGCAGCAGAUCCCCUGGCGAUCCAGGCUGACGUGCACUGGACACACAUCCGGGAGAGAGAGGCGGAGGAGAGAAUGCUCCCGACCUCUGAGUCCUCCGCUUCUAGAGUGACCGGCCUCCCCUCCGUACGCCGCGCAGCAGUCCAGGCCUGGCUGGAGACUGUCUCCGGAGCCCCUCUGGAUGAGAACGAUCUGGAAGAGGAUGUGGAAUCCGAGCCAGCAGAGACCGAAGGGGAAGCCGCAGAGGAUGGGGACCCUGGAGACACUGGCGCUGAACUGGAUGAUCAGCACUGGUCUGAUGACAUCCCUUCUGAUGCCGAGACGGAGCAACGCUUACAGUGCCAGGCCGGGGUGAAAGCCGAGCUGGAGCUGAGACUGUCAGAAAACAAGGAAGAGAAGCCAUCCGACACACCAAAGCAAGAGGAGAGAGGUCCUUCCCAAGUCUCCAGCCAGUCUCCUCAGAAGCAAGCUGUUCUGUUCUCCCAGGCCCAAAGCCCUGGGGCAGAGGAGGCCCAGGCCUCUCCUGCCUCUGUCGCCACCAAGGUGAAAUCCCCCGAGGAGCCCCUUUCCCCUGCACCUCCGCCUCCCAGAGAAAAGCCCAAAGCUGAAGCCCCCGAAGAUCAGAAAACUGUGCAGUCGCCCAUCCGAUCGCAGCCUGUGGCCCUGCCGGAAGCCAGGACGCCUACCUCACCCACCGGCUCACCACCAGAGUCUCUGCUGGCCCCUCUCACACCCCCCUCCAGCCAGCUCCCCAUCUGUUCCCAACCUCAGCCUUCCUCAGAUGCCUCCAUCCCGUCACCCACUGAGUCCCCCAUACGCUUCCAGCCGGUUCCAGCCAAAACAUCCACGCCCCUCACCCCACUCCCUGCGAAAAGCCAAGGAGACCCCAAAGACAGACUAAGUGGCCCCCAGGCUGUGGAGGAGGCCAUGAAGCGGAGCGACCUGGUAGAGGAGUUCUGGAUGAAGAGCGCCGAGAUCCGCCGCAGCCUGGGCCUUACCCCUGUGGACCGGAACAAGGGGUCAGAGCCCAGCCUCCCCCCUAAGCCAGUAUCCCUGAAGUCCUACUCAGUUGACAGGUCGCCUCAGGAGGAGGGUCUCUGCCUUCUGAAGCCUCCAUCUGUUCCCAAGAGGUUGGGCCUGCCAAAGUCAGCCGGUGACCAGCCCUCACUGCUGACCCCAAAGUCGCCCUCCGACAGGGACCUGAGGAGCAACCAGGAGGAGCGGAGGGACCUGUCCAGCAGCUCGGGCCUGGGCCUCCACGGCAGCUCCUCCAACAUGAAGACCUUGGGCAGCCAGAGCUUCAACACCUCGGACUCCACCAUGCUCACUCCGCCUUCCAGCCCACCCCCUCCCCCGCCCCCCAACGAGGAGCCCGCCACCCUGCGGAGGAAGCCCCAUCCGACCCUGGAGCACAGGGAGGCCUCCGUGAUCCCUCCGCCCCCUCCCGCCACGUUCAUGCGGCCCCCGAGGGAGCCGGCGCAGCCCCCCAGGGAGGAGGUUCGGAAGUCCUUCGUGGAGAGCGUGGAUGAGAUCCCCUUCGCUGACGAUGUGGAGGACACGUACGACGACAAGACUGAGGACUCCAGUGCGCAGGAGAAGUUCUUCACGCCCCCCUCGUGCUGGUCCCGGUCAGAGAAGGUCCUGGCCAAGGAGAAUGGGUGCCUCCCCCCCCUGGGGCGCGACGCGCAGCCGCAGAAAAGGGGACUGCCCCUGGUCUCCGCAGAAGCCAAGGAGCUGGCCGAGGAGCGCAUGCGGGCCCGGGAGAAGUCCGUGAAGAGCCAGGCGCUGCGAGAUGCCAUGGCCAAACAGCUGAGCAAGAUGCAGGCCAUGGAGAUGGCGGCCUCCAGGUCCCGCGCCGCGCCAUCCCAGGGCAAGGAACUGGGGCUAGAGUCCAGCAAGCGCACAGCGCCCCGAGGCUCUCUGGAGACCACCCUGAAGCAUGAAGCUACCAGCGAAGAGAUCCUCUCCCCUCCCUCAGACUCAGGCGGCCCCGAUGGCUCCGUCACCUCCUCUGAGGGCUCCAGCGGGAAGAGCAAAAAGAGGUCGUCCCUCUUCUCCCCCCGCCGGAACAAGAAAGAGAAGAAAUCCAAAGGGGAAGGCCGGGCCCCCGAGAAACCCAGCCCAGGCCUCCCGGAGGACGUGGCAGCCAAGCCCAAGUCCCUGUGGAAAUCAGUCUUCUCUGGGUACAAGAAGGACAAGAAGAAGAAGAGUGACGAGAAGUCCUGCUCCAGCACCCCAUCCAGCGGCGCCACGGUGGACUCCGGCCAGCGCAGGACGUCUCCGAUCGCGAGAACAGAGCUGCAGCUCCGGCGCCAGCUGAGCUUCUCAGAGGACUCAGACCUGUCCAGUGAUGACAUUCUUGAGAGGUCUUCCCAGAAGUCCAAGCGAGAGUCGAUUUAUGUACCACACGCCUUGGCAUUCAGGAGAGCCUAUUCAUCAAAGCCCAGAACCUACACAGAAGAGGAGCUGAGUGCCAAGCUGACGCGGCGGGUGCAGAGGGCAGCGCGGAGACAGGCCAAGCAGGAGGAGCUGAAGCGGCUGCACCGAGCCCAGAUCAUCCAGCGGCAACUGGAGCAAGUGGAGGAGAAGCAGAGGCAGCUGGAGGAGAGGGGCGUCGCGGUGGAGAAGGCUCUGCGAGGAGAAGCAGACUAUUGGGGAGAGUCUUAUUACAGUGGCCUCAUCGAUUUGCACCUGGGUGUUGAGCCCAGUGGCGGGACUCCACGGCGUAGACCUCUCUCCUUCUGCCCUUGCUGUGUCCAGGAAGGCAUGGGCAAAAAGGAUGACCCCAAGCUGAUGCAGGAGUGGUUCAAGCUGGUGCAGGAGAAGAACGCCAUGGUGCGCUACGAGUCGGAGCUGAUGAUCUUUGCCCGGGAGCUGGAGCUGGAAGACCGGCAGAGCCGGCUGCAGCAGGAGCUGAGGGAGCGCAUGGCCGUGGAAGAUCACCUGAAGACGGAGGGGGAGCUUUCGGAGGAGAAGAAGAUCCUGAAUGAGAUGCUGGAGGUGGUGGAGCAGAGGGACUCCCUGGUGGCCCUGCUGGAGGAGCAGCGACUUCGGGAGAAAGAGGAGGACAAGGACCUGGAGGCCGCCAUGCUGUGCAAGGGCUUCAGCCUGGACUGGUCCUGAGCCCGGCCACCGCUGUGUUGGGUAGAUUGGCACCCACGUGGCCCGGCUGCGUCCUCCCAAACCGGAGGGUAGUGCUCAGGCACCUGUGCUGUGGGGAAACCCCUCGUGAGGGUUAUCCUGUGAGGUGAUUCCGCCUCCUAGGAGAGGCCCCCCCAGACUUCCCCCUCAGGAGGUGUGUGCUUGCUGCGUGCCCCAGGGGAGACUGCUUCAGGUCCCCGAGGGCUCGCUGCCCGGCACCUCUUUCUUCCUUCUGCUGGUAAGAGAGAGAAGUGGCUCCCCUUCCGAGCCACUGCCGCCACCGAGCAUCUGCAGAGCAGAGCAGCCAUUGCCCUCAUGCUCCCUCAAGCACCACCAAAGAAAGGACGGAGGCAUCUACAGGAAAGGGCUGUGGAUGGAGGUCCAGCAGGAAGCCACACCCAGGAGGGUGACGCCCACCCUGCCACUGCGGGGGGAGUCGGACAGUAGGCAGGUUCUUUAUGCAAGUCCGGAGGGCUCAGGAGGGGUCUGCCCCACCACACACUGGAUCCCCAGUGGCCAAGCGCCCCAGGCCGUCCACGUGGGCGGGGGCCUGAGGCCCAUGGAUUGCGUGUUUUGCUUUGAGUUCACGACCGUUUGACACUGGAAAGUAUUGACUUUGGGAGAGCUGAGGGAGGCCCUAUGUGUCAACCCCUCCCCCGCCCCACUGCUACCCCACCCACUCCCACACCCCCUUUGACAGACAGGCGCCAUCCCUGGUCAGCACCCACAUCAGUACAGGAGAUGGCCCUCUUGGACAUUUUCCUGUGUUUGCACAUUGAAACAAAACUGACAACCUGGCCAGACACUCAGCCACUUCGGACCCUUUUUGUCAAUUAACUUAUUUUUUUAAUACUUGAAAAUAAGCAACUUCAUUUUUAUACCUUUACUAGAGACACUGAUUGCCUGUCACCUGCGUGUCGGAGUGCCUGGGACGCCUUUGUUCAUCCCACGCCACCUGAUGCAAAACUGACCUGAUUCUUGUUACAUACAUCUAUUUAUUAGCCUUCUUAAGAGUGUUACUGCCCUGGUCGGCCCCAGGGAGCAGCUCAAGGCCCUGUGGCUCCUUGCUCACAGCCUUUCUGUCCUCUUCUCCACCCAGCACCCUUGUUCCCGUUUCUGCUGCCACUGGACUCUUGCAGGAGAACUGCCUCUCUGUGAGGAGGCAUUUCAGCACUAGGAGGCCAGGCCUGGAGACAGAAAGGCUGCUCUGGUCUCUCCUGUUGGGAUCUUGGCUCUGUGGAACCCGCUUUGUCCAGUUUUCGUGGCAAGGUUUUACCUCCUGUACAUAGGUUUAAAGGUUGAGGCCAGCCCUUUUUCACACUUGCUGGGACCAAGUACAGUGUGACCUUGUCCUUAGGCUGGCUGACCAGAAUGCCCCAGUCCAGCUAGACAGGAAUGUGUGCUGGUCUCCCCUCAACACACUGGCUGCUCCAGUUUUCCCUGCCUAUACUAGGAUUUUCUCGGCCUGGCAAGAGCCGAUAAGCACCAUGUAACCAGCUCCAUAAGCCAAGCUGUUCAUUUCUCAUGGUUCAGCCAGAAACCAGUGAUGGGGGCCAGAGUGCUUCUCCUUCAGAACAGCAGCACAUGGACCUCUCCAUUGGCACCAUGCCAGCCUGGAAAGGGCAUGCCAGCUGGGCCUGGUAGGAGGGGCUGGUGCACACAGCACGCCAUCUCUGGCAGUCCUACGAGGGCCCACACUGGACCUGCCGUGGGAACCACACCGUGCCUCAACUUGAAUGUCCAUCUAACUCCAGAGGAACGAACAGUUAUCUCACUCUUCACCAUGUGCAAAAGCUGCCGUCUCUCCUGUGGAAAUCCAGAUGUGCUGCUAGCAACCACCACAGCUCUGAUGUCAUCACUUCCUGGUCUCUGACAUGGCGGUAUUGCUGUUUUUAUUCUGUCUGGAAGGGGGAGAGGAGGGCGUCCUGGAUUCCAUCUUCAACCGCAAUCUGCCAAUCAAACUGGACUUCGGACAGGACCGUCAUCGCCCGUGUGGCCUUCUCUUGAGCCCUGUCCUCCUCCCCAGUGCCACUGGCAGUCGCAAGCAGCUCAGCCCCGUCAUCCCUGCCAACCCGGAACAAGGAAACCAUUUCCAGAGUGACGCGAGGGCGCAGAGGCUGCUGCGCCUCCAGCGGCCGCACAGAGCAGGAGCAGCAGGUGUGCCCUUCCACCUCUGCCCUGGUCAGCCUCGACCUGUCGAUCUUUCCAAAGCACACGCUGCUUCCUGCAGUCACUAGAAAGGGGGCAGAAGGCUUUGCAGGAGGGCCUCAGAAAUCCACCAGCCAGCUCUCCAGCCAUGACAGCAUGAGUGAGGACUUCGAGUUCUCAUAAAGCACUUUUUUUUUUUUUUUAGACUCCCAGUUUGUAACCACUAGUUUGCGGUCGAUUUCAGUGGUCCAGGGCUGAGACGUGAAGUGGUCUCCGCCCCUGGAGAUGCGUGUGGCCCUAGUCAAGGGUUCUUCCCAGGAAUUAUGUCUUCACUUGAAGGUAGGGAAGAGAGGGAUGUGUGCACUUCAUGCGUGCCUAGGAUGCUCGGGUGCGUUUUAGGAAGCCCAAACUCCAGGCCGAGUACAGUACACAAGGCUGCAGCCCCUGCCCCUGGAGGCAGGCAGAAGGCAGCCCCUUGCUCCCAAGCAAGAGCGUGGCCAACCCAGGUUCUAACCCUGCUCAGUUGGUAUCUUUUGGACCUUUGCCCCCAACAGCCAUCCGUAAGAUAAAAGAUAAGACGUUUUUCACUGGCACAGGAGAGGAAAAGAGUAGGGGCAGAGGCAACAAGUAUCAGGGCCUGGAAUGUAGCUCACUGGUAGAAUGUGUGCUUAGCAUGCAUAAGGCCCCAUGGUUCAAUUCCCAUUACCACAUGAAAAAAACUUUUUUUGAAAGAUGGUAACAGGACCAGAGGGGAUGGUCUGUUUUAUGCGCAAUAAAGUUUUUUUUUUUUUUUAAAAAAAGGAAAUAACGUAUCUCUGAAGUCAUUUUUUUUCUGUUGUUGACAUUGAGCUAAGACACACUUCUGUAUCACCUGCCUUUCAGCUGUGUGAAAGCUACACAAAUCAUUUGGACAGCUUACAGGUGAGUGUAUACCGACAGGGUUUCUCUAAGAAAAUUGCUUUUCAUUUGGUUUGUG